UCUGGCUGUAUUUUAGUAUGUUGUGUUAAUUUAGUUGAACUAAAAAAAACUGGAAAGAUAUUUACCUUUCUCAAAUUAAAUCUCAAAUAAAUUAAAACUUCUGGGUACUUAUAAUAAUCUUUCUCAAAAUUUAGGGCUGGUUUAUUUCUCUUGUAACUGUUUUUAGGUUGCUUGUUAGAUUAUUAAUUUUUUUUUAAUGUUCAGCAAUGCCAGUCCUUUAGUGUUUGCUUAGUUAUUGAACUAAAUUUUGGCCUCAGUUCUUAGCAACUAGGUUUCUUGUACAAAAAAUAUGUGCCUAUUUAAUUUUGAUAUUUUCUUUCCACAACUAAUAUAUUUGGGCUGGUGAAAUUCAAAAUAAUGAUGGAAAAACAUUAGUUGCUGGUAUAAAAUUCAAUCAACAGUUUGUUCAAAAAAUUUAAUGGGAAGUUAAGUUCAAAAAAUUUAAUGGGAAAUCUGCAACUUCUAGUUUCAUGGUGUUCUUUUUGAAAAUGCUAACUUCAUUGGACAUGCAUUGGGAACUUGUUUCUAUUCUGUAUGGUUGUUUUAUGAUUUUUUUUAUGGCGCAUAAGCAGCUAUCAAAGAAUUGUAGUAAAUGGAUUGUGAACAAACAAAAGUAAUUAUUGCCAUAAGUGGCAAAAGAAAAUCGGGAAAAGAUUUCUUAGCCGACAGUAUUGUUGACAAUUUGGGUGUACAUAAUUGUAUUAUUGUCAGGCUUGCAUUACCAGUAAAACAAUACUUUUGCACCAAGUAUAACAUGAACCUUACCAAACUAUUAACACCUUCAAAUUAUAAAGAGAAAAUCCGCAGAGAAAUGAUACAAUGGGAUAAAGAGCAACGUGAUCAAGAUCCAGGAAUAUUUUGCAGAACAAUCACAAGUGAGGCUAAGUUAUCCAAAAAGAGGAUUUGGAUUGUGAGUGAUGCUAGAAGAAUAUAUGAUAUAGAAUAUUUUAAAACAUAUGCGAUUGAGAGGGAUUUGAAAUUCUACAGCAUUAGACUGUUUGCAGAUGAUGAAACUAGAAGGCUAAGAGGUUGGAGGUUUACUGAAGGCAUUGAUGAUGUUACUUCUGAAUGUGGAUUAGACUAUUAUAAUGACUGGAAUUUUCAAUUUAGGAAUUCUAAAACAGAUAAUAUUGCGAAAGAUAUUAAACAAUUAUGUGAUGUGAUCUCACAAUAUCUUUAAAUUAUUAGAACACUUAUGAAUUGAAACUAUGAUUAGUAUUAAUGCCAUUAAGUAAGUUAUCAUGGAUUUUCACUAACUCUCGUGGCUAGCAACUUUUCAUAUUUUUCAUCAGAUGAAGUUAAAAGAAAAUUUAAUCAAGCAGUCAUACAUUAAUUGAGACUUGUUAUGGUCGACUGGCAUGUUCGAUUGAUAUAUAAUGACUUACCAAAAAGUCCUUUUAGUCAUUUCAAAGAUGUUGUAGAUGUGCUCUCUGUUGGAGUGGAGUUUUAACUAAGUUGUAAUGUAGAAGUUUGUAACUGUAUUAAAUCUGCUUCAGCAAAGCUUUAGUAUUUA